AUCGAGAGCACACUAUAGCUGGCAGGUUGGCAAAACUAACGAGGCGGACAACAUGGCGGUAACUUGAGGAGUUGUGUAUGUUGCUGGGUAAUAAGCAAUCAUGCUGGAAACAAAACGUGAGAAUGUUUUAUUGUUUGCCACAAUAUCAGUCGUAUUUGCAGUUGGAGUGUUCGUUCUUUGGGGACCUGCAUUUCGUCAGAAACGAAGGAGUCAAGUCCUUGGACUGGUGAAUCUUGGUUACACAUGUUUCCUGAACACUUUGCUUCAGGCACUUGCAUCUUGCCCUGUUGUUAUGGACUGGCUGUCCACACAUCAAAGUAGCACCAAAGGGAGUAGCUUGACUGCAUCAUUAUGGAAUACUCUCCAAGUACUGAAUGGAACGGAAGGAAGUGAAGAUCCAUACACUCCUUCCAAGUUGAUCCAAUCACUCAUGGCUCAAGGAUGGGUUAUAUCUCCUGGGGAACAGGAUGCACAUGAAUUAUUUCAUGUUAUUGCUACGACACUGGAAGAAGAAAUGCAGCAGGCAUUGCCAAAGGUAUGCUCUUUGUCUGAUGUUGAGGAUGGCCCAAGGGAGAUCCAGUCUGACACUGUUCAGCUACGUAAUUCAGGUAUACAUCUACGAAGCACAGUGCAUAGUCUUGAAACCAGCAGCUGGUGGAAGGAAGCCAAAUUGAAAGGUCCACUUCCUUUCCAAGGCCUUUCUACAAGCCAGUUACAGUGUACAAGCUGUAAUUGCAAGUCUGUGCUCCACUAUUCCACAUUCUACAGUUUAUCACUGACACUGCCUCCAAGAUUGUCUCUGCCUGGAACUGUAGAUGGGUUUUAUACACUGCAAGAACUGAUUGGACAUUAUGUGGCCAGUCGAGUGGUUAAUAAUGUUGCGUGUGGUGGCUGCGGAUGCCGUGACACUGACCAAAUGAAAAGCCUCAGCUUUGGGAAGCUGCCAGCUUGUCUCUGCAUUCAUAUUGCACGAACAAUCUGGGAAGGAAAACCACUGAAGCGAGAUGAUCGUGUCACCUUUCCUGAGAUACUUGUCAUGGAUCCAUACAUGUACAAUCACAUACAACAGAAGCAACUGACAGUCAGUGAACUGUCGGUAGGUCAACAGUCAUUCACCAAUGGGUUAAUUGAGCUGCCUUCAAUGAGGAAAAGAUUCAAAUAUCUUUACCAACUUACAGCUGUAGUGGUUCAUAAAGGUGGCUUGAUUUAUGGGCAUUUUGUUACAUAUAGGAGAGGAGCUGGCAGUUACUACAACAGUUGGUACUACACUUCAGAUGCAGAAGUACGUGAAGUGACACUACAUGAAGUAAUGCAAGCUAGUGCCUAUAUGUUAUUCUACACAAAACUCGCCAGUUCUGCAUCUCCUCACAAUAUAAAUUAGUACACAGUUUUAUUAGUUGUGUUUGUGUGAUGCUUAUUAUGUAAAUGGUAUUCAGAUUGUGUUUCAAGAUAUGGUUUGCCUUUUAACACCAGAUGCAGCAACAUUAUUGCCAGUUAUACCAAACAAUAUAUGUAGUGCCAUCACCUGGUAUAUUUAUCUCCUUAAUUUUAUUGUCUCUCAGAAUAACAUAUUAUUGUAGAAUGUCAUCCUUCUAUAAUAAAAUGCAAAUAAAUAUUUGAUAAUGUGAUUGUGAUGGAUACCAUUUAAA